AUGCAAAUGUCGCCCACGGGCGGCCAAUUGCCGGCGCUCCCCGCGCGGCUCCGAGCGCCCCGUCCCGCCGGCGGCCGCGAGAGCAGAGCGAGCGAGCCAGCGAGCGAACGGCCGCGGCCCGGUGAGCCCCGAGCGCAACCCAGCGCAGCCGCCCGGCCCCAGUCCAGAGACCAGGCGAGCACAGUGCCUGUGGGCCAAGCCGAGCGCAGCGACCCGAAGCCGAGCGCGCGCUGUCGCCCGCGCCCCGCGCCGGGGAAUGCGCCCUCGGCGCGCCGGCCAGGGGGCGCCCGCAGCCCACCCGGGGGGAGGCGGCCCCGAGCGCCCCUGAGCCUUCCCAUGGCCCGGGAUGGGGUCCGGGGCCUCGACUGCUGA